AUGCUUCAUCUACGCUCUACGGCUUCUCAAUUGUCCAGGCGGAUCAGCCCUCUGACUUCGCGACUCUCCAGAUCCGAGGAGGUAGACGUCGAUGCACUGCUUGCGAAGCCAUCCUGGUCCGUUCGUUCUCUCCUUCCCGACCAGAGUGCGAAACAAUCGUCGCAAUCGGUCACACCGGCGCAACUCCACCACCUACUCCGCUUGUCAGCCCUUCCUCAGCCAUCUAGCAAAGAGGAGGAAACGAAGAUGCUCGAGACUCUUGAAUCUCAAAUCCAUUUCGUUAGGGAGAUCCAGCGCGCCGACACCACGGGCGUCGUGCCCCUGCAGAGUAUCCGGGAUGAAAGCCCCGAGGCAUUGAAGGAGAACACAGUUGGACUGGGUCAAUUGAAAGAGGCUCUAUCUAAAGAACGAGUAGUUGGGCGCAACAAGAGAAUCCAACGCGUUGAAAGCGAGAGGAAUGACUGCCCGGACGGAGAUGCUUGGGACGGGAACGCUCUUGGUUAUGCUUCCAAGACGAAGGGUAAAUUCUUUGUCGUGGACACGGGCAGUACUUCUCGGCGGCUGAGUCAGCAUUUCAUUGUCCUUCCCGCAUCCAUGUGGAAGAAUCUGAAAGAGAAACAUGCCAGCAAAUUUGGGUCGGCCGCCCCUGCGGCUCCUCCGAAAAAUGACGGCAAUCAAGACCUAACUACUAUACUGAGCCGUUCACAACGUGCAGACCUGACAAUGCUCGUCGCCGCUAUUUUAGAGCACAUGAGAGUUACAAUUGAGCAAAACUUUCACGGUUCACUGUCACACAAUCAUGAAACCUCCCUUGACCACAAGGAAAGUGAUGCCUCGGCUUCGAUAUCACAUCAACAGCCAGGAACCCUGACCCACUCAACCGAUAGAUCCGACUAUAAGCCUACUGCGCAGGAUCUGAAAGCUGAGGCUACUGCGCUUACCAGCUUUGACGACUGGAGAGAUACGGUCAUCCUUCGGAUUGGGGAAGCCGUCAACAAAAAUGAUGAUGACGAGCAACAAGAUAAUUCAGGCUCACAGGCUUCCCAGCAGCAAGGUCCUGUAGUGCCUGAAGACCAGGGCUCGUUAGAAAAGCUACGCGAGAUUUAUCAACCCGUGAAAACUCCUCUCGUUCAACUUCCGGAAGCCAAAAGGCUCUUGAUUCUCCAUUCACUGCUUCUUUUGCUGCUCAGCUUAGAGCAUUACAAUGCUCGCUCACGGGUAUUGAUGCUGUAUGUCGCCUCUAGCUUGCACUUAGACGUAAAAAUUCUCAAUGGUGAUGAGGUCAAAGUCGCCCGUGUAUUGCUUGACACUGCUAUCGAGCUAUCGAAGAAUGCAGAAGCGCAGAACCAUGGCAAGAAGAGCGACUCCUCGAGAAAAUGGAAGGUUGGCAUCGCUUCUGUCGCCGGGGCGGCGUUGAUUGGAAUUACGGGUGGACUUGCCGCACCACUGGUUGCAGCUGGGCUCGGAACUGUUCUGGGAGGAAUUGGGCUGGGUGCUACAGCAGCUGCAGGGUAUCUAGGGGCUCUUGCGGGCAGUGGAGUCAUCGUUGGUGGCUUGUUCGGCGCUUACGGAGGUCGGAUGACUGGGCGUAUGGUGGAUAAGUACGCACGGGAAGUUGAGGAUUUUGCAUUCUUGCCCGUCCGUGGUUCUCAGCAGCGAACCCAGGAUGAAAAGGAGGCUGCUAAGCAAGACCACCGACUACGAGUUACCAUUGGCAUCACAGGCUGGGUUACAGAAGAGGACAAUUUUGUCGUCCCAUGGCGUGUCAUUGGUGCGGAUUCCGAGGUCUUUGGUCUCCGUUGGGAAACAGAGCCGUUGAUGAAUCUCGGCAAUGCAAUGGACCUCCUGGUAACAAGCGCUGCAUGGGCCGCAGGCGAACAAGUUCUGAAGAAAACCUUCUUUGCAUCGCUUUUAAGUGCCGUAGUUCUGCCUCUAGGCCUGCUCAAGGUCGCCCGUGUAGCCGAUAACCCUUUUAGCGUCGCGAAGGUUCGGGCUGACAAGGCUGGAGAGGUUCUCGCGGAUGCUUUAAUCAACAAAGUUCAGGGCGAGAGAUCGGUUACCCUUGUGGGGUACUCCUUAGGAUCGCGGGUGAUUUUCUCCUGCCUUCAGAGUUUGGCGAAGCGCGGUGCAUACGGUCUCGUGGAAUCUGCAAUCUUGAUGGGUUCAUCAACUCCUUCUAAUACCCAACAUUGGCGACGUAUGCGGAGUGUAGUAACUGGACGGCUGAUCAAUGUAUACUCGGAAAACGAUGCUGUGCUCGCUCUGUUGUAUCGUACCAGCAGUCUUCAACUUGGCGUUGCAGGACUUCAGCCCGUGCAGGACGUAGUUGGUGUUGAGAAUUUGGACGUGAGCGACAUCAUCAGCGGUCAUCUCCGGUAUCAAUUCCUGGUUGGACACAUUCUCAAUAAGAUCGGAUUGGAGAGUAUUGAUGUCCGUGAAGUGGAACGGGAGGAGGCUGCGCUGGCAGCCAAGGAUCAGAGACAAGAACAGGAACGAAUCCGAAAUGAGCGCCGGGCGGGUAUUCAAGGUAGCGAUUCGGCGCACCAGAAAUUGGAGAGCGGUGAGUUGCAAGACGAGGAGGAUCGCCUGGAGAGACAGGUCAAAGAAAGGACUCAUGAGCGUUUGCCUUUGCGGCAUAAUGAGCAGGGUUCUUCUUCAAGCCAUGAAACAGAAGGAAGGAAAGCAUAA